AUGAAGCGUCGCCUUAGCAAGCGCAUUUGUAGUGGAGAGAACCAGAGAACACCGAUCAACUCGUCAAGUCCUGCUGCUGCAGCCGCAUCGUCCUCGCCGGCGUCAGGGUCGGCCUCGAAGUCGGUUGGGUCGAAGGAGUCCAGCGCUUCGCCCUCGACUGAUAGGGUCGCAAAUAAGUUGAGGAAGGGCCCACCAGGUUAUCGAAGCUCUUCUGUCACGUCGCCCUUGGCUGCUAAGGUGCCGGAGGAUGCUUGUCCGUUGACUGAGUUGACUGGUUCCACGAUUCAGGAGACUUUACAGCCGAAGAAGACGAGCACAUCAAGUGAUGUUAAGGCCGUGCAGCCGGUUCAAAUUCAACUGCGAGCAGAUGAACAGCCGGUCUGGGACCGGGCUGUCGAAAUGACCUGGGCUAAACCUGCUCGUAAGGAUAAGAAGGCUGAUCAAGAGGAAGAGGGAGUCUUCUUGAAGAUUUGGAAGCUUCUCAUGGAGGAAUACCCAAGCAUCGACAAAACCGGCGAGGACGAAUAUUUCUCCGACAGCGACGAAAUUUCUACUGACAGCAGCGCAACUCCCACUCUCACGCCGGAUAAGACAACUCCCACGAUCAAGUUUGUCAGACACCGAAGCUACUCUGACCUCCCUCCGACCGUCCGACUGCAACUCCUUCGCUGCCUUCUUGCAGCCCACGACCUGACCACCAACAAGGCAAUCCCCCUAGCCGAUAAGUUCACAACCUCCGAACUCACCCGCUACCACGGCCUCAACCAAUUCACCGCCCUUUCGACCCUCCUCUCCCCGAUAACCCGCUACCUGCUCAUCAACCGCUCUUUUCGCGCCGAUGUUCUCGCAACUGUCUUCCUCACUUACCGCUUUCACAUCCUCGUUUCGGCUCUCACACCAAGGAUGAUCUUCUCGCGUACGCCGGAGGGGCAGUUCCUUGCUCGCUAUGGGCGCCUGUUUGCAAACGUGGUGGUGGAGGUGGAUAUGACGAAGUUGACUGGGAGUAAGGACCCUGAUGCUGUGGGGUUGGUGGCUAGUGUUGGGGUUGGGAAGGUGAAGGGGGUUUUGGAUGGAUUGAUUGUCAAGUCGCAGGUUGCUAAGCGGCCGAAGGGAUUGCCGUUAAGGGAUUUCAGGGUACUUGUGAGGCGUUAUUUUGGUGAGAGGCCCCAAAACACGCCGGCUAAGUUUUAUGCUUCUAGUGAGGAGGUUGAGAAGGUCCUUGCCCCUUUGAAGUCUCUCUUCCCGUUUGUGGAAAAGAUUACCAUAUCCGGCGGAGUGGACGUCACGCAAGCGAUGGAAAUGAUCAAAUCUGUCUGUGGCGCGGAAGCAUCGUUGAGCGACGGGUGGUUUGAACGACGGUUACCUGCAAAAGAGUGGGGUGCUAUACAGGGUGAGGCGGCGGUGGUAGAUUUUGGUACGCCUGCUGAUGGGAAUGAGAUGGAGGGGCUUUGGGUGGUGAGGUAUACUGACUUGGGGAUGGACAGUGUAAGGAAGGUUCAGGAGGGGGAGGUUGUUGUUGGGUGCCCCACUCCCACAGCUACAUCCACAGCUGCCCCUGACAAUGUGAAGCAAGCAGGACAGAGAGUCAUCGUCCUUGACACGAACAAGCUCUCCCGCCUACCGGUGGGCAAGACCCGCGCCGCUACCGCUGCCAAAGCUGAAGCCCAGUCCCAGUGUCAAACUCAGGCACCGUCACAAUCUAGCUCGGGGUUGUCCCGCACGGUGUCAGUCAGCUUCCGCCGGGCCCUGUCCGCCAUGGGCAGAGACAAUCUUGAUACUCCUUUUGUUCAGCUUCCUUCCAAGAGUUUAGCAGCUGAAAAGGCCGUUGAGAACAAGCUUCCUCAGCCUCAAGCGCAGUGUAUGCCUGUUGCGCCGGAGAAGGAGAAGGGGCAGGAGGAUAAAGCUGGGGUUGUGGCUGUGGGUAUGGCGGGUGGAGAAGGGAAGAAGGAGUUGACUGGGACUGGGGUUUUUGAGGAGGAUUGGAAGGGCGUCAAGAAGGGAGAUACGUUAAGGGGCGGGAGGAGAGUGUUGAAGAAAUUGGGUGGGGCUUUGAGGAGUUUGGGGCAGAACUAA